UGUAUCUGCGGAAGGUAAAGGGCAGUAUCAGGCCGACAAUACAGAGAUAACGAUUUCAAACAAAUAACUGAACGUGAGUUUACACAUAUACAAGAGCCAGCUUUACAUGGAGCCAGAGGUGAGACGGUGAUUUUCUACAUUUAUUCAUCAAUAUAUUGCCCUGAACAGUCAACUUUAUGGGAACCUUGAGAUGUGACUUUUAUAUUCUACUCUUGUUCACGCCGAUAUAAUGUUGUGGACAGUCAAACUUCAACGAACCCAGAGGUGAGACAGUUACAUUCUGUACCAGUUCAAGAUGUUGAAGACGGCCAGCUCUACAGGAACCCAGAGGUUUGACGGUGAUAAACGUCAUUGGUCCAGGCAAGAAUUAUACUGAAGGCAAUUUCACAGUUUCUGUCUUUGGAAGAUAUCUAUGGAACGUGGUAACAGCAAAUAAAUAUUUGAGUACGAUGGCAGCAAAAAUAGUAUCAAGUGAUGAAAUAAAACAUGCCUGGACAUCCGACAAUGAUGAUACAGAUGUUGGAAGCCUAUGGGCUGACUUUGCGCAUACUACGGGAUUUCAUGGUGUAAAUAAGCUUGUGUCAAGGCGAAACGUAAGGCUACGAUGUAUCUGGUGGACCUUUGCAGUGCUGCUGAUGUCUGCCUACAUGUCCUAUAACAUAUCGCGAGAGUUGAUGAACUACUACAGAUACCCAGCCAUUACCAACACGAAGGUUGAACUCCGAGAAGAGCUCCCCUUUCCAUCUGUUACAUUCUGCAACCAAAGCCCUUUCAACUUGACUGCUGCCAAAGAAACCGAUCCAUAUCUGGAAAAAUAUUUCUUUGGAAUCAGCUUGCUUGGGAGUUUUUAUGGUCCAGUCAACUGGAGUGACCCGGGAUACGGUUCAACGUUCUCAGAACGACACAGUCUGGAUUGGUGGAAGAAGAUAUUCAUGAAACCAACUGAAAUUCUGAAUUUAUGUAUCAUGAAAAGUAAUUGGUGUAUGGAAGCUUUGAAGCCGGUGGUGACCAACAUGGGUAACUGUGCAACAUUCAACUGGAAUGCUUCUGAUAUUGCUAAAGUGAAAGUCACAGGCUUCAAUAAUAACCUCAUUAUAUUUGCCAAUAUCCAUCAUGAAAAGUAUGUGCUUGGUUCACAGAUGGCGGCUGGUUUGAGGGUAAUUCUGCACGAUCCUCGUAUCCACCCAGACAUUGCAACGUCGUCGUUUUUGGCAGCUCCGGGUGCAUCCACCUACGCAGCCGUGAAAAGAUCUACGUUCAAAUACUUACCUGCACCAUACCAAGCCUUCGAGACCGCAUCAUGUGUUGACACUUUGUCUCCUACGUUCAACAACACUCUGGAACAUCACGACAUCUAUACGUAUGAAACCUGUCUCCAGGAAUGCUUUACAAGGUUUGCCUUCAACAAGUGCGGCUGUGUCAGGCCCUCGGACGAUGGAAGCUUUGGAGAGAUAUGUUCUUUCAUAGAAGACAACACCUGCUAUCGUCCAGCGUAUGAUUACAUCUCACAAAACCCAGAUGUACACCGAGAAUGUGGUUGUAAAAUCUCAUGUUCCCUUGACACUUACGAGGCAAAGGUGUCAUCUUCUAAAUAUCCAUCCAACGUCUCAGUACAAUACAUAAUUAAUAUGGGUUUCGGUGGGAAUGAAGCCCAGCUAAGAGACACCUAUUUGGAACUCAGAAUUUACUAUGAAAACCUCAUGCUCCAGGUAACAGAACAAAUCCCCCAGUACAGUACAGAAACCAUCAUAGGUAACCUUGGAGGCCAUAUGGGCAUCUGUCUGGGAGCCAGUAUCCUGACCCUCACAGAACUCGGAGAGUUCUUCCUCUUCAUCUGCUUGUCCAUCUUCAAAAGAAUUCAGAGUGGUGGAGAGAUAAAGCGUGUCAAGCCCAUCAACAAAUGAAACAGCCUUAUGUUUAGAAUACAUUUUAUUGUUCUAGAAAGGAACAUGGCUGGCACCUUACAAACACAUAUCCUGAUUGGAGAUUGCAUAGACCCUUAUGACGCCAGGAAAAUGUUCGACAUUAUCUAAUCGGUAGUGUCUAUUUGGGCUCUAAAAAUGAAACAAUAAUCUUUGUGUUCUGCCAUAAGAAAUGUGUGAUAGUGGUAUUAUCUAUUGUAGAGAAGUGGGUUACUGUAUCCAGUUACGUGUUUCAUCAUAGAUUAUAAAUAUUGAGCACUGUAUUGCCUCUUCUUCAGCACCAUUUUGUAACAUUUAUAAUCACAUUGCGUGACGUAAUCAGCAUUGUACAAUGAGGCAUAAUAUCAUUAUGGCAAGCUGUUUGCCAUCAGAUUAUAAUAUAAUAUACCUUCGAUCAGAUAUCAUGUACUGUUUUACAAAGUGAAUUGCUGUACGAUUUUACAAAGUGUAUAUUUAAUAAUUUUUGGUUAUCCCAGAAAUCGUUUCGUACAGAGCUAAAUUAUGAGAUUGAUUAAUAACUUUAGCAAUUCAAAACCAUGUACUAAUAAUACAGAUGUAUAAACACACACACUGGUUGGUUAAUGAAAUCGCUUUUUUUACUUGUCACCAGGAGAAAAUGGAUACCCAUGGUAUGUCAGUUGAAGGUAUGUACUUAUUGCUUUUCUAACUGAUUUAGUAUACAACGUGUGAAUGUCUGUUCGUUUGGGGUGCCUCGUUACAUCUUCAACUUGCCAUGUGUAUCGUUACAUGUACUCUUUACUGUUUCAUUCAACAACACAAUUACGCAACCACACCUUUUGUUGGCUGUACUUAUGCACUGAGUAGGUUACCUUUAGUGAAGUGUUGGUAUGUUACUAUGUGAA